CCCCUCACCCACCGCAUCUGCCUGGUCCCGUACGUCGAUUCCAACCACAUCUUCCAUUUCGAGCCAAUCUUCCGCAACCUCACAGACGGCGACACCCCCAUUCGCAUUGGUCGCCUCUCAGGUCAUUCAGCUUUAGACGCCCGUUCCACGAACGAAAUUACCUUUGAAACGCGUGUACUCUCUCGCCUCCAUGCAGAAAUCUGGUCAGACAACGGCAACAUUUACAUCAAGGACACUAAAUCAUCAUCAGGCACUUUCCUCAAUCAUGUCCACAUAAGCUGUCCAGGCUCUGAGAGCGCACCAUAUCAGCUCAAAGAUGGUGAUUUCGUACAGCUCGGCGUCGAUUAUCAGGGCGGCAUGGAGGAUAUCUACAAAUCCGUCAGAAUACAGAUCGAAAUCGGACGCGAUUUCGCACAGGUAUGUUCUCCCUUUUCUUUGUCUAUUCAAUCCACAUUCAAGUCAUUCUCGACGGGC